AUGGAGUCUGAGGACGGUAUCACCGUCCGUCCCAUGAGACUGAAGGUGUUCUACACGUUUGACAAUGAGAAUAAGACGAACUGCUUAGCUCGCUGGCCACAUGUGCUGGAUCUCCAGACUGCCUACCUGGAUGAGCAGACUCAAAUCGGUGUUAUUGAAUUGAAAACAUGCAUCCAGGCUAUUGUUUCUGCCAGUCCUGAGUUGGUGGCGCACUUGGGUAAGGACUACACAGUCUAUGCUUACGACUACUCCGAAUACGAAACGCCCUUGGUUGGUCAGGGAAUGUUAUCGUGGGUGCUUGCAUCCGCGUCUCCGACGCCAGAUGCUCCCGCUCACCAGUCGAAGACAAUGGUCACAGGCCGUGUGUGCAAGAAUCCCGUGGGUCUUUUCUCCAAGGGAGUUCAUGAGACCUUAGAAGUCAAGCUGCGGCUAGUUCCAGUGCCUACAGUGAUGCAAAGCGAGUAUCUCGACAGCAUGCAGAAGUACCGUGAACUGAGCAAUGUUAUCCCGCAAGAUUUCGAUGCCCAAAGCUGGACGAAUUUCUUCAGACAGAACCCUGCCCUACUUGAGGCUUCCAGGAGCCAGAAUCAGGCUAGUGGAGCUUCACCAAAGGAUCAAUCGGGCAUCGAGCGCGUUCAUCAACUCCUGAGUGAUAGUACUACGCCACGGGAAUACCCCAGUUAUUCAACCAACGAAUCGAUUCGGUCAUCCUCGCCAACGCACUCAUUCGGUCCUCCUAGCCGUAUGUCAACUCCCGCUGGGACUCGCACUCCGGCGCACAACCACCAAGCCCUCCAGUCUCGACAAAAUUUCUCUCAUAGUGAUAUGAUCCGCCCUUCAUCGAGUGCCUCCAUGCGCGAUAACGAUCAUCGGCCCCACCCCUUUGAGAACCGUGCGCGCAGAGACUCCUUUCAAUCCGGCUAUGGCAGCGGUGGAGAGGAUGGACCAGAGCCUCAGCAACGCAAGAGAGCGAAGCUUUAUCAAGCUGGCUGGCCAGGGAAAUCAGAUAUGAACAUUGAACGACAACCAAGUUCACUACGGGUGGCUGCCAGCACUGCAGCCUCUGUUCGGAUUCACCGUCCAACUCCAAUCAACCCUGCGUCCCGAGCAGAGCAAUCCCAAGAAGAGCCCAUCCGUCCCCCAACUCCCAUAUCCAAUCCUUUGCAAUUCUCUCGACGGGCGCGACUGCCAUCAAGUCUGUUGCGCGAGAGUUCUACACAAAGCAACAGCUCUUACACCUCUCCUUAUCAAUCCAGCGAUGAUCAACCGCAGGAACAGCUCGUUCACUCGCCUGAAGACCGCUACCAAGGCCUUUUUGAGGCAGCCUUUAAUAUGCCCUCGUCACCUCCGGUUAUGGAAUCUCGAUUCCCGACUCAGUCGAGCCCUAACCUGCCUCCGUUCUCAAUCGAGACGGACUCUGGCUUCAUGAGUGGAAGUUUGGAUGACUUUGUUGACGAUGGUGCAGCUACACCUGUGGAAGAGACACAGAAGUCCAAUCGUCGCCGUGCAGACGGUGGAAACCGCUCACGCUCCGUGCUCUCUACAGUCCAAGCCACAUCUCCUAUGAGUGCCACUGGUCUAGUGUCUGAGGUCAUGACGGAUCCCAUGAUCGUCAGCGAGACUGUGAUUGAUUUGAGAUCACACCAAGCCGCUCAAAUGCCUCGUCCGAGUACUUCGUCUGGGUCAAGACCGUCUUCGCGCGCCAGCGCUCGACCAACACCCAAAUCACUGGCACCUGCUCCUAUGUCGCAGAGUGAGAUUGAGCACAUGAUGCGAGCGGCGCCGACCGGUGAACCCGGCCCGACUGUCCAGCCUCCAUCUUGGCCUCCUCAGGCAGGUGCUGGAAUCAUGAGUGACUUUUCGAUCGCGGAAACACCCCCACCCCAACCCGAGUCUUCGCGAAAGGCGCCUCGCAGCGGAGGUGGCGCGCGUAGAGCAAAGCAGGUCCAGGCGAAGCUCGAUGCGGCUAUUGCAGAAGGCAUCAUCCCCCCCUUACUACGAGUCUGGACAAAGGACAUUGUUGGUACUGAACAAGAUGCUAAAAAGAUGCAGAAACAACAAGGUCUUUUGUUCUGGGAGGCCACUGAGAGAAACGACCAGCAAGAAGUGGCCAGAUUCAGAAUCUACAAAAAGGGACUAGGAAUCAGUCCUGAGGGGGUUACUCCUGAGGAUGAAGGCUGGAACCAGCUGCUUCUCUGCAACCCGUGUGGCCUGUGGAUACACAAGUUCAGGACUAUGCGCCCUCCGGAUCGUUGGAAUGGCAAACCUCCUGCAUCCACAAGGAGCAAAAAGGCCAAGCGUCCUCCCAAAAAUCGGAAACGGAGUGGCGGACUGCCUCCGAAACCUUCCACGCGUGCUCGCAGCAAGGCUAACGCUGCCCGUGCUGUUCACUCCUCUCCGGCUCCCACCGAUGCUUCAUUUGAGUUGAAUGGAGAGGGUGAGACACCCAACGUCGACAAAGAAAACGAUCCUCGCCAUGACACCCAGCAAACUCAGGAUUCCGAUGAUGAAGCAGAUCAUCCGAGCAAGCGAAGACGAGCGAAUAGUGCAGAGCCAACCCGCUCCACCGAGAAAUCUGGCUGGGACGAAGGCGAAGCUCUCGAUGCGUUGCGACUUGCCAUACAAUCGAGUCCGGCCAGAAAUAUGGAGACUCGAAAAAUCUCUGCUACUGAAGAGAACAACUUAACACCUAAGCCUGUACGUCGUGCCCUUUUUGCGUCUUCUCAAAAGGAAGGGCCGCUGAAGGAACUGGGCUCGUCAAUGUUGAAUAGCUGCUCGCCCCGCCGUAGUCCGCGUCUUUCUCGCACAGAAAAGCAAAUGCAGGCAAAAGAGAACAUGACGGCUGCGAACGAUGCUAUUGACGAACUCUUCGAGGGCUCUGCUUUGGACUUUGAUCUUCCUGUCAGUCCCACUCCUCGGCGCCGACUCACGCGUCCCGCACUGCAUGAGAGACGUCAAUCAUUACCGUGCAACUCGCCCACUGGCCCUAAGCGAGAUACUGUCUCUGCCGAGAAUACCACUCGACUUGCUGCGGAGCGAUUGCAACACAUUCAAGACAGUCCGAGUCGAUUCUCGCGCAUACAAGCCUCUCCUAAGAAGUCGCCCGCUAAGCGAGGGAGCUCGGCACUGCCCGACAUUAGCUUGCAGCCUGAACCAUUCACGGCUCUCGAUGGUAUGAUUCUUGAUAUUUUUGAGGAUCUACCCACCAGUCCCAAUUUAUUUCAGCUUGGGCAUGAAAAGUUCUCAAGUAACAAUUGGGCGGACUGGCUUCCCUCAAAUUACGUUUCUCCCGCCGGGUCGGGUGAUGAGAAUGGCUCGCCUGACGCUCUCAUUGAUUCCAUUUUCUCUGAUGAGACACUUCUCAAGGAGGACAAUCUUAAUUCACAUUUCAAUCCUUUCAAUUUUGCUGCCGGCGUGAUUCCCGACUCCGGCUUCUUCAGUUCCGAUGCUCUUCCAACUGAUGUCGCUACUUCCAAGAUGGCCAAUGCUUUGAAGGAGCACAAGCAGUCAGCGCCUUCUGAUGCAUGA